AUGCUGACGGCGAGUAAACGAUUUCUAAAUCACAAGAACCCUGUUCUUAUUGACGAAAUCCAUCUAGGAAACGCCGUCGUGAGCAAGCAAGCCCCUUCCAAUGAAACCACCGCCACGCCCGUUAUCUUUACUCACGACGACGACAUGGGACUGAUCGGAAACCCGAAUACCACUGACACCGCCAAUAAGCCCGAUUUCUCGAAUGCCUCACUCUUCAUUCCCGGCUCGUCCGCCACCUCCAAACAGGUCGGGUUCACCGACGACCCGUCCACGAACGAGGUCACCAAUAAGUUCGUCUGGUACGGUAACUUCUUGAUGGUGGAGGAUGAUUCCGGCGACUAUACGUCGUUGUUCAGAGUGAAGAAUGCGUCCUCGUCGACCAAUGACGGCGAAUAUUCCCUGCUGUGGAACGUUACCGACUCUGAUGAGGAAGUUAUUGAGAUUUCUAUGAGAUCUAUUGCGCCGUCGAACGAUUAUUAA